AUGGCGCCAUUCGGAAAGAUCUUUACCAAGGAGCUUAACCCCCGCUCUACCGCGAUCCUCGCGGUUGCGAAGGCCAAUGGGUUGGACCUAGACAUCGUCGAGGCCGACACAGUUAACCCGUCUCCUGAGUUCCUCAAGGCGAACCCCCUUGCCAAGAUCCCUACCUUCGUUGGCAGCGAUGGCUACACCUUGACUGAGUCUAUGGCCAUUGCCAUCUACAUCACCUCUCAGAACGAGAAGACCACCCUCCUUGGCAAGACUAAGCAAGACUACGCUUCCAUUCUGAAGUGGACGUCAUACUUCAACACUGAGGUCCUUCCCAAGCUUGCUGGCUGGUACCGCCCUCUUUUGGGCUUUGAGCCAUACAACAAGAAGGGUGUUGAAGAUGCCGCCAAGAACUCGGAGAAGGUCAUCUCCGUUGUCGAAGAGCACCUUCUUCACAACACCUACCUUGUUGGCGAGCGCAUCACUCUUGCUGAUCUGUUCGCUGCUGGUAUCAUCUCGCGCGGCUUCCAGUACUUCUUCGAUAAGAAGUGGCGCUCUGAGCACCCCAACGUCGCUCGAUGGUACGAGACUGUCUACAAUCAGCCCAUCUACGCCGAUGUCUCCAAGCCUCUUGAGCUUCUUGACGCCCCCAAGUUAACCAACGUCGCCCCCAAGAAGACCGAGCAGGCUAAGCCUAAGGCUCCCAAGGCUGCUGCCCCUAAGCCCGCAGAGGAAGAGGAGCCCGCACCUGCUCCCAAGCCCAAGCACCCUCUCGAGGCUCUUCCGCGAUCAGAGUUCGCUCUUGACGACUUCAAGCGCUUCUACUCGAACAAUGACGAGGACGUUUCCUUAAAGUGGUUCUGGGAGAACGUCCCUUUCACCGACUACUCCAUCUGGAAGGUCAAGUACAAGUACAACGAUGAGUUGACAUUGACUUUCAUGUCCAACAACCUGAUUGGUGGAUUCAACACCCGUCUUGAGGGCUCUCGCAAGUACCUCUUCGGCUGUGCCUCCGUGUACGGCGAGAACAACGACUCGGUCAUCGAGGGCGCCUUUGUCAUCCGAGGCGAUCAAUACCUCCCUGUCUUUGACGUCGCUCCCGAUUACGAGAGCUACGAGUUCACUAAGCUGGACCCUACCAAUGCUGAGGACAAGGCCUUUGUCGAAUCCAUGUGGACAUGGGACAAGCCUGUCGUCCACAACGGCAAGGAGUACAAGCACGCUUCCGGCAAGGUCUUCAAAUAA